AUGCUGAGGCUGUGCGCUGUGUUCAUCUACCUUUUGUAUGGGGUGAAAACAGAUCCUGGGGAGACAUGCCCUGCAUUCACAGCUCUCAGCAUCGGCAAUGCUUUGGUAGGGACACAUCUGAAAGUGAAGCUGCUGCUCUACACCAGACAGAACCCAACCUGUGCUGAAGAGCUCGACUCACCAGUCUCCAAGUAUCUGGAUGUGACCAAGAAAACUACCUUCAUCAUCCAUGGAUACCGACUCACAGGCUCUGCCCCUGUCUGGAUCCCUGACUUGGUACAUCUCCUGCUCUCUGUAGGAGACAUGAAUGUCAUCGUUGUGGACUGGAACCAUGGGGCAACAACUCUCAUCUACAGCCAUGCUUCCAGAAACUGCAAAAAAGUUGCUGAGAUUCUGAAGAAACUGAUUGAUAAGAUGUUGAUUGAUGGAGCAUCCCUUAACUCCAUGCACAUGAUAGGAGUGAGCCUGGGAGCACACAUCUCUGGCUUUGUGGGGCAGAUGUUUGAUGGCACACUUGGAAGAAUCACAGGCCUUGACCCAGCAGGCCCCUUGUACAGAGGAAAGCCACCCAGUGAGAGGCUGGACCCUACAGAUGCACAGUUUGUUGAUGUCAUUCAUUCAGACACCGAUGGACUAGGGUACGGAGAAGCAUUAGGCCACAUAGACUUCUACCCCAACGGUGGGACCGACCAGCCUGGCUGCCCACUGACAAUAUUUUCUGGAUUGCAGUAUUUUAAAUGUGACCACCAGAGGUCUGUUUUCCUGUUCAUGUCAUCCCUGAAACAGAGCUGCAAUAUCACUGCAUACCCGUGCGACUCCUAUAGGAAUUACCGGAAUGGCAAGUGUGCCAGCUGCAAAACCUUCUGGCCUAUGCCAUGCCCCAUCCUAGGUUAUUAUGCCCAUGAGUGGAAAAGCUAUUUAACACAACAGAGCCAUCCAGUGACAAGUAUGUUUUUUGAUACGGCAGACAAAGAGCCAUUCUGCAUUUAUCACUACUUUGUGGAUAUUAUUACAUGGAACAAAGACACCAGAAGAGGCACCUUCAACAUUGUACUAGCUGAUGAAACUGGGAAGGAGGCAGAAUCUAAAGUUAACCCAGAAGCUGCAGCCUUUCAGCGUUACAACCAAAUCACUUUGCUAAUUGGAUUUGACCAGGAUUUUGAAAACAUAGAAAGAAUUUCCUUGACGUUUUCCACAGGAACUGUCAUUGGCCCCAAAUUCAAAAUUAGGAUUCUCCAAAUGAGGUUCCGGUCACUUACAAAUCCAGAAAGACCACAGCUAUGCAGGUACGACCUAAUGCUGAUGGAGAACAUCAAACAAACCUUCAAGCCUAUCCCAUGCUGA